AUGAGCCUCGUAUUCUGCAGCCUGACAGAAGUUGCCGAUGGAGAGGAAUUUGGAGCUCACUGUGAGGGCCUGCAGAUACUGGUCAUCGAACUUCCCCAGGAAUUCGAGGCGUCAAUUGUGAACACGCAGGUGACGGAGCAGAUGCAGAAGACCAAGCAGAACGAGCAAGCGGCGAGCAGGAUUGAGGCGGACACGCAGGUGAGGAAAGCCGCCUACACCAGGAACGUCACAGUCACGCGGAACGGCGCAGAUGCAGCGUACACGCAGGCCAUUGGAAUCGCGAAGGCGAAAGCGCAACAGCAACUGUUGGAGGUCGAAGCCGCCACCCUCUCUCAGGUGCAGAGGGAGCUUGGCCUGACCUCCGAGCAGACCGUGGCAUACCAGGAGUUCGUCACAUACCACAAUCUGGACAACGCCUCCUUCUUGUUUGGCCUUGGGAAUGCGUUGGUCACGCUGCCGACGAAGUAA